GAAACAACGGAAAGAAAAUGAAAGGCCUCGUAACCAUCUCUCUUCUCGUUCUUCUGAGCUGCCAGAUCGGCUAUUCUCUAAGAUGUUACGUUUGUGCUCACGACAAUUGUCAACAAAUGACAUGCCUUGAUGGGCAAGUCUGUGGGAAAGUGACAGCUAAUGGCGUAACUGCAAAAUCGUGCGUGCCAGCAAAUACUUGUGACAAUUCAAUCGACGGUGUAAAAGCCUACUGUUGUUCCACCGACCUCUGCAACUCGGCUGUGUCCACCAGGAUGUCGUUUGGCACAAUUAUUGCUGUCCUUGUGGUCUUCUGGGUGACUAAACUGUCCUCUACGUAAAAAGCAUCUCGACCAUCUCAAUGACGGCCCGUUUGAGACCCGAACAUGAAAAUGAUUAAAUCCCCAGAUAUCAGUUUCCCAUUGAUAUCGGUUCUGUUUCUCUUUGGGCUAUAUCCACCCGACUUUCUUUUCACAAAUCUGACUCCAAUUUCAUCAGACAACGUUUCUACCGUUUCUACGACUAUAAUGUUAAUUUGAGUUCUAAAUAAAGCCUCUUCUGCCUA